AUGUAUGAUAUACAGUUGACCUCAUCAUAUGGCAUGAGAAUCAUUCAUACGACAUUUUUCCCGAGAUCGGGGGUUGCCAUUUGGCUAUCUACGAUGAAACCGAAUGUCAUCAUAAAUAUUUUAUUUGCUAAUUUUAACUCAAGACGCCCUUCCUUACGCAACCACAUUGAUCAAGGCGAAAAAAUAAAAGGGAUCAUGUGUUCGGAAGUUGGUGUCCUGGAAGGUUUCAUAUGUCCGAUCUGUUUUCAGGACCUGGGUUCCUUGUACAACCUGACCGAUCAUUUUGAACUGACUCACAACUCAGAGGAGGACAAGGCUUUGCUGUUCCAGAUUAAAGGUAUUUUUGGCAAAGCAAAAAAGAAACUUCUCAGAAAAGAUGAUUUUUUUGAGGCAUCAAGUACUCCAUCUACCACCUCUGUUGCUAAAUCAACUUCAACAUUGAAACAUUUUAAAGAACAGCUAACAUUUGAACCACAGCAAUUAGGAGUAACGAGGAGUCACACUGACUUUUUCAAGUCAUCUAGGGAUAGACGAAUUGACAGGUUUGUCAUUGAGACUAACAAAAUAUUGAUAAGGUUGGAUAAACUUCUCAAUAUUGACUCAAGUCUUGAUUCAAGUAAACGAAAAACUCAAGAGAAGGACAUCGUGUCGUGGGCUUCUGAUAAGGAUGUCAACUUGUGCAUGACGUGUGGCAGAUCGUUCUUACUGACAAGAAGAAGACACCACUGCAGACUUUGUGGAAGAAUCAUUUGCCAUAAAUGUUCAAAUUUUCUGCCUUAUGAUUUCGCUAGAAAGAUGACAAGUUCACCAGCUUCAUACGAAGGUGAGGGCUUCCAUAGAUCAAGCAGUACCAGUUCAUUGAACAGCACGGUGGGAGCAGAAGGGUAUCUUCAUCUGAGGACCUGCCAGGAUUGCAGGUUCCUUCUGGAAAGGAGACAAGAACAAAUCAACUUACAAACUUGCAAACCAAAUGUUGUUCUCUUAUAUGAGAAACUUCGAGAAUUUAUGUCAGAAGCUGAAAGUUUGUUGCCAGAAUACUCAAAAAUGGCUGAUUCUUUGAGGUGUGAUCAUUACCCGUUUCAAACGUACAUCAUUUGCUUGCUUGAUUGUUCCGUGUGUCUGAAUCGAAUGCGAACUGAUGCAAAUUGUCAGUCAGACUCAACUUCGAAGCAUGUUCGCCUUCAGCAGAUGAUCAGCGUUUAUGCUACUUCAUUUGUUCAAGACAAUCUUCUUGGUCUACCGAAAUUGCCAACAGAAUCUGAACUUAAGAAAUUGAGGGAAGCUCGUAAAGUUGAAGCUCAACGCCGCAUCGCAGAGGAAAGGAAGAUUGAACAAGAAAGAAUGAAACGAAUGGAAGAGGAGCGGAUUCAGCAACAGCUCCGACGACUAAAACAGCAGCAAACGAGUAAAGAUGAGAUCACCUCCAAAGGGCACCGACGAUCGAAAUCUUCCGAAGGAGUUUCAGCCCUUCACGCUAACAUGACAUCUCCCAAUUCAAAACUCGUCUCUGGUUUGGUGUCAAAUGUUGUUGAUCGUAAAGAAAAUUGUGAUAAUGUUACAUUCCUUGCUACAAAAUCAAAUGAAAAUGCGGUUAGAUAUGACCCAAGAAAUGAGGAUGAUACGAAAGAUAAACAAAAAGAUAACGGAAAAAGUAGUUUUGAAAAUGAUGUUGAACCAAUCCUCCAACAGAUAGAAAUAAUCAAACGAUAUUUAGUCCAGGCAGAAGAUGAUGGUCGAUGGGAUGAGGUGAGGAUGUUACAGGAAAACCUUUUUGAACUCAGGCAAGAAUGUAAAAAGAUUCAAAAUAACAAACGUUAA